AUGGAUGCUCUAAUGUCCCGUCUUGACUCGCUAGUCACAAACCCCGAUCUUGCGCCGCUCUUAGCUCUCGUCAAAGGUGUGCGCAAUGGCGCCGUCUACGGUGCCAAAGUGCGGUUUCCGCAUGCUUUAGUAAUGAUCUUUCUCUUCCGUUCUGGAACAAUUCGAGAAAAGGUCAAGCUCGUUCUUAAAGCUACCCGUCAACACGCUCGCAAUCUAGCCACCUUCGCGCUCAUCUGGAAGGGCGUAAUGCUCGCACUUCGCAACAUAAACCCCACAACUGGUGGAAAGGAAGGCAGAUACGAUAGUUUCAUGGCUGGGUUGGUAGGAGGAUACGUGGUCUUCGGAAGACACAAGACGAGCAUCACGCAACAGAUCGUCAUCUACGUUUUCGCACGCGUUAUGCUCGCAAUGGCCAAACUGGCCGUCCGGCCCAACAUGCACCCGCUGUCGUCGUCGAUUACUCCGGAUGCGAGAUCCAAGAUGGAGAGUAACGCCUGGCCAGUAUUCGCCAGUUUGACAUGGGCCUUUGUCAUGUAUAUUUUCCGGUGGCACCCCGAUACCCUGAUGUCGAGUUUGAGGAGCAGUAUGGUGUAUAUCUACGCCGACUCCGAUCACUGGGAUUCGUUCCGCAAUUUCUUGAUACACAACAAAUAG